ACCAAGGCCCCGCCAUAGCCGAUGGCAACCCCUUUGCUUGCCGGCCAGUGCGGAUUGUCCGUCCUUACGCACCACGUGCCCGCGCGCGCGAUCGAUCUCCAAAAGGAAGCGAAUCGGCCAAAUGGAUAUGCAUCACUGUGACGUGCCAUCAUAAGGACAAUCCUUCUUGGCUUGCCUGCGGGCGAAACGCACGAAUGGCUACAGCUUAUUCCACAAUGUUUCAGAUGGUACGUGUGCUUUGGCGCACCUGGGCGGCAAGUCGAAACCAAACAAAAUGGCGCCUGCGUUCCCCCAGAAGAGGAAGAAACACUUCUCUAACAACCCUCCACCACUACCACCCACGUGGGAAGAGACGGGACGAAGACGAAACGAUUCUCCUGGACCUGAACCAAUCUGACACGACACACGUGAAACGAAUCACUGCUUUGCUACGUUCACUUUGGGCUUUUGCCUAUCUGCCCGCCCGUCGUUGCCCGGCUGUGACGUAUCACUUCCCGCAGGCGUUUCGCCUUGCUUUGGUCGUCCUGCAGGAGGAGGAGGCGCGCGCCAGGGGGUGGGGGGGUUCGGCAGCAGCAGCUGCAUGGUUGUUCCCCCUCCCUUCCCCUCGUCCUGGUUGGCUGGAGAGCGGGCCUUGGCUGCUUGGGCACAGCCUCAAUGGAAUAUGCGGGCGCUAUACUCGAUGGGGGAUGAGAGUUCGCUGUGCAUGGGGUUUUGCGCGCGCGUCAGUAGCCACUCGGUUAGUUGUCUAGAGAGGGGGAGGGACGCCAGCCCAGAUGUGGGUGACGGUUGGCUCACGUCAGAAAAGAGAGGAGAUGGGCUGUUAGGAAAGUGCGCUUGGUCGUUCGAC